GUGUCCCCCCAGCCCCUCGUGGGGCUCUCGGGGCCCGCAGGAAGCCGUGGCGAGCGGAGGAAGCGGCAGAACCCAAACCACACACGUCACGUGGCGAGCCUGCCCGGCCCCCCCCACACAGCACAGCAGGAAAGAGGGGGACACACACGGGCUGGACGGGACCCCCCCGGAGCUGUGGGACACCGGGGGACACGGGGGGACACGCCAGGACACGGGGGGACACGCCAGGACACGGCGGGACGCGCCGGAGGAUGCCGGAGGUGGGAGGAUGGAGGAGGCUGUGGUGAAGCAGGGGGGGAUCUACCUCCAGCUCCAGCAGACCUUCGGCAAGAAGUGGAAGAAGUUCUGGGGCGUCUUGUACCGGGAGAGCUCCUGCUCCACGGCCCGCCUGGAGCUGCUGGAGGGCUCGGGGCCGGCGGAGAAGCCCCGGAAAGCCGAGGGGAGCAAGAGGCUGGUCCGGCUGAGCGACUGCGUGCACGUGGCCGAGGCGGGGGGCGAUGCCACCUGCCCCAGGGACACCGUCCCCUUCCUGCUGGAGACCACGGACAGGCGCUUCCUCCUGGCUGCCGACAGCGCCGAGGCGGCCGACUGGAUCCAGAGGCUGUGCGAGCUGGCAUUCCCGAGGAGCAGGGAGGAGCAGGCAGCGGGCAGGGAUGGCCCUCAGAGCAAGCUGGGCACCGACGGAGAGUUCUCCAUGGAGGAAAACUCCCUGUACAGCUCCCGGGGCAAAGCGGGCGCGGAGCAGGACUUCGAGGUGACGGUGAGGGCCACCCAGUCGUCGCAGCGCUGCAGGCUCUGGGGCCGCUGCGUCCUGCGGGCCGGGGAGGAGGCGCUGGAGCUGCGGCACCCGCAGAGCUCGGAGCUGCUCUACAGCUGGCCCUACCGCUUCCUCCGGCGCUUCGGCAGGGACAAGGCGACGUUCUCCUUCGAGGCCGGCCGGCGCUGCGCCUCCGGGGAGGGCAACUUCGAGUUCGACACCCGGCAAGGCAACGAGAUCUUCCAGGCCAUCGAGGCGGCCAUCGCCCUGCACCGGGGCCGGGGGGGCCCAGGGGAUGAAGCCCCCCGGCCCCCCGGCCACUCCCGGACGCCCAGCUGGGUGCAGGGGCACGAGGAGCCCGGCGGCACCAAGGAGCCCACCCGCGAGGGGAAGGUGCCCAAAACCAAGCCCCCCGUGGUGGUGCCCCCCGCCAGCGGCUGCUCCGGGGCCGGGGAGCUCUCCCGAGGGGCUGAUCAUCCCUACGCCGAGCCCUGCGAUUCCCUCCUGCGGGGGAAGCCCGCGGUGCCGGGGAAGAGCUGGAAGCAGGAUGCUCCGGCCAGGGUGGAGUCCGAGUACGCCGUGCCCUUCGACACCAUCGCCAAAGCCCUCCUGUCCCACCCGUUCGGCAGCCUGGGGGUCCCCGAGGGGGGUCCUGACCCCCCCUACAACCCCAGGGAGCCGGCGGGGGGUCCCCAGCAGCCCCCCCCGCGCCCCACGGCCGCCAAGCCCGAGCACAUCUACGACGAGCCCGAGGGUCUCUCCGCCCUGUCCGUGUACGACGAGCCCGAGGAGGUGAAGGGGGAGGCGUGGAGGCUGCAGGCGGCCCCCGAGGAGCCCCCCGGGCACGACCAGCCCUACAACCCGCAGCGGGACGACUACGCCGUGCCCAAGAGACCCGUCCCGCUGCGCCAGCCCUUCCUGCUGCAGGGCAAGGAGUGGCUCGGCGACACCGACUACGACAACGUGGCCCUCAGGGUGGCCAAGAGGAAUCUGCAGUGAGCGGGAUGGGGAGGAGAGGAGGAAAGGAAGGACCCCCCACCCCGGCUGUCCCAGGCAGAUUUAUCCCGACCCCCGCAGAGCUGAGACCCCCUCCCAGCUCAGCGCACCCGCGGCUGGUUAG